GUGUGAUUGCUUGUGGUGGAAUUUUGCGCGAUUCAAAUUACAGUUGGAAAGACUUGUGGUUGGCUAUAAAUUAUAUAAAGGACAUAGGAAACGGAGUCUCAAAGCCAAUAGACGUUCAGAAUUUGGUAGAUAUGGGAUGCUUUUGCUUUCGAGGUAGAAAGAAGAGAGAUGAAAAGAAUUACAAGAAGAGUGAAGGAUUUCAAGGUACAAAUAAAAGUGGUCAGGUUCAACAACGUCAUGCCUCUAAAGCAAGCACAAGUAGAGUCAGAGGUGGUGACAGUGCCAAAGACGGUGGAAUGGUUAUUAUGAUGGGUGCUUCUGCCGCAGCAAUCACCGCAGAUGGAAGGGGCGGUGGUGGACACCAUAACGGACAUGGAAGCGGGGGAGGAUGUGGUGGUGUUGGGACGACAGGUGGCGGUGGAUGCGGUGGCGGUGGUUGCGGCGGUGGCGGAGGCGGCGGUUGCGGUGGUGGCGGAGGCGGCGGUUGCGGAGGCGGCAGCUGAGAUUUGUUUGCCACAUAUACAUACGGAGAUUAAGGCCAAUUAUAAUGUCCUUGAUUUUUACAUUGAACAUAUCUUCAGGAGUGUUUGACUGUUUUUUAUCUUAGAUGUUUUAAUUAAAAGUUGUAAAAAUAUUUUUUUUUUUUUUUUUUUU